AUAGAAUGUAUUAUUGCUAUUAUUAUAUAAUGGCGUCCAAGAGUAUUAUUAUUAAUAAUAACACUAGAUAAAAGAUAAAAAAAAAAACGCCACCGCGAAAAAAAUGUCGACACCGCACAUUGCGGUGUUCCCCUUCCCAGCACAAGGCCACUUGCUUCCUCUCCUCGACUUAACUCACCAUCUCUGCCUCCGCGGCGUCACCGUCUCCGUCAUCGUCACUCCCGGAAACGUAACCUACCUCUCUCCUCUCCUCUCCGCAUAUCCCACCUCCGUCUCGUCCGUAUUUUUCCCGUUCCCUCCUCAUCCUGCCCUCCCCCCCGGCGUCGAGAACGUCAGAGACGUCGGAAACUCCGGGAACCUGCCGAUCAUGGCGUCUCUUCGUCGGCUCCGAGAUCCGAUCGUCCUCUGGUUCCGAUCUCAUCCAAAUCCACCUGUCGCUCUGGUCUCCGACUUCUUCCUCGGAUGGACUCACGGCCUCUGCGAUCAGAUCGGCGUCCCUCGCUUUGCUUUCUUCUCGAUCAGCUCGUUCUUAGUCUCCGUGCUCCGGUUCUGCUUCGAGAACGUGGAUCGGAUCAGAUCAACGGAUCCGGUUCGUCUCCUUGAUCUUCCUCGUUCUCCGAUCUUCAAGGAGGAGCAUCUUCCGUCCGUGUUCCGACGAUGCCUCCAAGCUCCGUCACCGGAUCUCCUCGAAACGGCCAGAGACUUCUCCAUGAAUGCUUUGGGCUACGGAUCUGUUUUCAAUUCCUCGCUCUGUGUGGAAGACGAGUAUCUGGAGCACGUGAAGAAACAGAGCACGAGUCAUGAACGGUUUUACGUAACCGGUCCGCUUUGUUCAAUUGAACCGGGUUUGAAAUCCGAGUCCGGUUCUCUAGACUCGAAUUUGCUGAGCUGGCUCGACGGUUCCCCGGACGGGUCAGUGCUCUACGUUUGUUUCGGAAGUCAAAAGAGCUUGACCCAAGAUCAGUGCCGUGCUCUCGCGCUUGGCCUCGAGAGAAGCAUGGCCCGGUUCGUCUGGGUGGUUAAAACAGAUCCGAUGAUACCCGACGGGUUCGAGGAUCGGGUUUCCGGACGUGGAAUCCUCGUCAGAGGGUGGGUCCCGCAGCUGCUGGUGUUGCGACACGUGGCCGUCGCUGGGUUUUUGAGCCAUUGCGGAUGGAACUCGGUGCUUGAAGGUAUAACGAGUGGGGCCGUGAUAUUGGGCUGGCCCAUGGAAGCGGACCAGUUCGUGAACGCGAGGUUGCUUGUGGACCAUUUGGGUGCUGCUGUUAGGGUUUGCCAAGGGGCUGAAACUGUGCCUGACCCGGAUGACUUGGGUCGGGUUAUAGCGGAGAUGAUGGGUGAGGGUGGACGUAAAGUGGCUGCUCGAGCAGAGGAGCUAAGGUGGAAGACUGACGCCGAGGCAAAUGGAAGCUCUAUUGUUGAUUUACAAAGACUUGUUGAAGAGUUUGGAAAACUCUUAAGUCUAUCACCACUACGUUAAAAACAAAAUCUCAUGAAAAUAUAUAUAUAUGUGAUUAUGAUUCUAAAUUGGUGUAUUUUCAAUUUGCAUGAUAGUUCUAUUUUCUUAU